AUACUUAUCGUUAAUAACGACAUCAAUCGCGCAGAGAAAAUAAUUCGUCAUUUUCAAUUUCUAAUUAAACACAAAAAUAAAGCAGUUAACAUCGGGUAAAAAAUGACCGAUUCAAAAUACUUCUCCACCACCAAGAAAGGUGAAAUUUUCGAACUAAAAUCUGAAUUGAACAAUGACAAAAAAGAAAAGAAAAAGGAAGCUGUAAAAAAGGUCAUUGCCAGCAUGACUGUGGGCAAGGAUGUUUCUGUGCUAUUCCCUGAUGUUGUGAAUUGCAUGCAAACGGAUAACUUGGAGCUGAAGAAGCUUGUCUACUUGUAUCUCAUGAACUAUGCCAAGUCGCAACCAGAUGCUGCCAUUAUGGCUGUGAAUACAUUUGUAAAGGACUGUGAAGAUUCCAAUCCUUUGAUCAGAGCCUUGGCUGUUCGCACCAUGGGGUGUAUUCGUGUGGACAAAAUAACCGAAUAUCUAUGUGAACCUUUGCGCAAAUGUCUUAAGGAUGAGGAUCCUUAUGUACGGAAAACAGCCGCAGUGUGCGUUGCCAAACUUUAUGAUAUAUCAGCCUCCAUGGUUGAAGAUCAAGGCUUUCUCGAUCAGCUGAAAGAUCUUUUGUCUGACUCCAAUCCCAUGGUGGUGGCAAAUGCUGUAGCUGCUCUUAGUGAAAUCAACGAAUCUAGCCAAUCGGGUCAGCCUUUGGUGGAAAUGAACUCGGCCACCAUUAAUAAAUUGUUAACAGCUUUGAAUGAGUGCACCGAAUGGGGACAAGUCUUCAUUUUAGAUUCUUUGGCAAAUUACAGCCCUAAGGAUGAGCGUGAAGCCCAGUCUAUAUGCGAACGUAUUACUCCACGUUUGGCCCAUGCCAAUGCUGCUGUUGUUUUGAGCGCAGUCAAGGUCUUAAUGAAGCUUUUGGAAAUGCUAUCAAAUGAUGGUGACUUCUGUGCCACUCUGACCAAAAAAUUAGCACCUCCCUUGGUCACCUUGCUAUCUUCAGAGCCGGAAGUACAAUAUGUGGCCUUGCGUAAUAUUAAUUUGAUUGUACAAAAACGCCCGGACAUUCUGAAACAUGAAAUGAAGGUUUUCUUUGUUAAAUACAAUGAUCCCAUCUAUGUGAAAUUGGAAAAAUUGGACAUAAUGAUACGUUUGGCUAAUCAAAGCAAUAUAGCUCAAGUGCUAAGUGAGCUCAAGGAAUAUGCCACUGAGGUUGAUGUGGACUUUGUCAGAAAGGCUGUAAGAGCCAUAGGACGUUGUGCUAUUAAGGUGGAAGCUUCUGCUGAACGUUGUGUGUCCACACUUUUGGAGCUUAUUCAAACCAAGGUCAACUAUGUGGUCCAAGAGGCCAUUGUGGUCAUCAAAGAUAUUUUCCGCAAAUAUCCCAACAAAUACGAGAGCAUUAUUAGCACUUUGUGUGAAAAUCUAGAUACCUUGGAUGAGCCAGAGGCCAGAGCUUCUAUGGUUUGGAUCAUUGGCGAAUAUGCCGAACGUAUUGACAAUGCUGAUGAAUUGCUGGAUAGCUUCUUGGAAGGCUUCCAAGAUGAGAAUGCCCAAGUUCAAUUGCAAUUAUUGACAGCUGUGGUGAAACUUUUCUUGAAACGACCCUCAGAUACCCAGGAAUUGGUGCAGCAUGUUUUGUCUUUGGCCACUCAAGAUUCGGAUAAUCCAGAUUUACGCGAUCGUGGUUUUAUCUAUUGGCGUUUGUUGUCCACCGAUCCGGCUGCGGCCAAGGAGGUGGUGUUGGCCGACAAACCUUUAAUUUCCGAAGAAACUGAUUUGCUGGAGCCCACUUUGUUGGACGAGCUAAUUUGCCAUAUUAGUUCCUUGGCCAGUGUUUAUCAUAAACCACCUACUGCCUUUGUGGAGGGUCGUGGAGCUGGUGUACGCAAAUCCUUGCCCAAUCGGGCUGUAGCCAGCGGUGACAGUGGUGAGGCUGCAACUUCUGCAGCUGGUGGUGAAGCUAUGGUUAUACCAAAUCAAGAAUCUUUAAUUGGUGAUUUAUUGUCAAUGGAUAUAAAUGCUCCCUCAAUGCCCACAGCGGCACCCACCACUAUGGGUGUUGACUUGUUGGGAGGAGGUUUGGAUAUAUUGCUUGGUGGUCCCCCUGCCGAAACAAAUUCUGCAGGAGCUAGCAGCUUGUUGGGUGAUAUAUUUGGUCUAGGCGGUACAGCUUUAAAUGUAGGCUUACAAAUACCAAAAAUUGUUUGGCUACCCGCAGAAAAGGGCAAGGGCUUGGAGAUACAAGGGUCAUUCUCGCGUCGCAAUGGCGAAAUCUUUAUGGACAUGAAAUUUACCAACAAAGCCAUGCAACUCAUGAGUGGCUUUGCCAUACAAUUGAACAAAAAUAGUUUUGGUUUGGUGCCCGGUCAGCCGCUGCAGGUUGCCCCACUGCCACCAAAUCAGUCAACUGAGGCCAGCCUCAAUUUGGGUACACAAGGACCCGUUCAACGCAUGGAGCCCCUUAAUAACCUACAAGUAGCCGUAAAGAAUAACAUAGACAUUUUCUACUUUGCCUGUUUGAUUCAUGGCAAUUGUUUGUUCGCCGAAGAUGGGCAAUUGGACAAAAGGGUAUUCCUCAAUACAUGGAAAGAAAUUCCAGCUGCCAACGAAGUGCAAUACUCGCUCAGUGGGGUCAUAGGUACCACCGAUGGCAUCGCCUCCAAAAUGACAACCAACAAUGUCUUUACCAUAGCCAAACGUAAUGUCGAAGGCCAGGACAUGCUCUACCAAUCUCUCAAACUCACCAAUAAUAUAUGGGUAUUACUCGAAUUGAAACUACAGCCCGGAAAUCCGGAUGCCACCUUAAGUUUAAAAUCACGUUCUGUCGAGGUGGCGCCCAUGAUAUUUGCCGCUUAUGAAGCAAUCAUACGUUCACCUUAAAUUCAUCCAAAAAAAAAUAGCAUAAGCCCCACGUAUUACAAAUUGAAUUAAACGUAUUUUCAAACAACAGCAGCAACAACAACAACCCUAUACAACUCCAAUGCAUAGCAAUAUUAUCACGAAGGAAAGAUGUACCAUUUAUGUUAUGUUCUGGAAAUUCUGAUUGCUAACAUUUUUAAUUUUUCGUCUUUUCCUGAUUUUUUAUUGUUCCCCCGCAAAACUUUAAGUUUAUUACCCCCCACUCACAAAACAUUCCUUGUGGAGUAGCUUGUCCUAUAGUUUGCAAACACAAAAAUCGUUAUCAUAAUAAGCAAAUAAUAAUUAUAAUAAAAUAAAUAAUAAAUGUUAUAGAAUGCGUUUAUGUAUUGACACCAAAACCAUACAUUUAAACACUCAAUAACUCUAAUAUGCAUACCUUAGAAUAUGCAUCUUUAAUCAUUUAAUGUUA